AUGGCCUUUGACACGCCCUUCGGCAUAUUUAGACUCAACCGAAAGACAGAGGUACAAAUCGCCAAGCUUAAACCAGCAGGACUGCUUAGGACACCGGCAGCGCAACGAAGAUUCGAAACACAAGAUAUGGAUCUGGUGGGGCCCCUUUCAGUAACGAGCGAAGGCUACCAAUGGAUCUACAUCGUAGAGGAAGUUACAUCCAAGUGGGUUGAGAUUUUCGCAUCUGAAAGCACCUCGGCAAAUGCCUGUGCACAGAUUCUCAUAGACGAAGUGAUCUUGCGUUACGGAACACCGAGACGUGCAAUCUCGUAUAAUGGAACGCAGUUCGUUGGAGCUGUUAUGCAGCAGGUAUCUUUCUGCUUGCGUUUUGAUCACAAAUUAUUAGCCCUUUAUCAUCCAUAG